GUCAGUUAGUAUCAGUAAGGGGAAAAAUACAGACCAGAAUCACUCAAAGAGGAAAAUAUUCACGCUCCAUUCUGUAAAAGCAAGCUGCUGAUAUGUCGAUAUAUGCGAUGCAUAAGUUAAGAUCAACGAUUUGUUUCAUAUGUUCUAUAAUUCUCACAAAAGCUGAGAUAAACAUCAGAAAUGCAAGUUUCUAUACCAUGGGUGGGAGUUUUUCGCAUCUUCUGAACCCUGCGGUGUACAUGACUUCGCCAUCUGUGAUUAACAGUUGUUCGCUCUGUUUGGACAAUCCGGACUGUUCUAGCUUUCUGUACAACACUAAAACACAACAGAUGCAGACCUUGGCGUCCAUUGGUACUCCAAUCGGAACGGCCGACAGAGAUUGGCAAUAUUACAUCCUCAAAAAGGAACCUCGGGUAUGCGAAGGCGGGUGGGAGAAGUUCGAAGAAUCAUGUUACCUAUUUUCUCUCUCCUCUGGAACCUGGGACUCUGGAAAAACAUUUUGUGAAGGAGAGGGUGGACACUUGGUGGAAAUAAGUAGCUUGGCCGAGGAUAAUUUCAUCAGAGAUUACGUCAGAAACAGGGGAUUAAUAGCAUAUGAAACUCGCGAUAGCUGGAUUGGAGGAACGGAUGUAGAUGUAGAAAAUACGUUUGUAUGGACCGGAAGUGGUCAGACUUUCACGUACAUCAACUGGGGACCAGGUAACCCGGAUAAUAGUGGCGGGAACCAGCACUGUGUCAUUCUGUUCCAAGAAUCGGACUACAAAUGGCACGACACGCAAUGCACCAACACUAAUAGCUAUAUAUGUGAAAAAUAAGAAUGACAUUUCUGAAUUUCCAGUCUGGAUCUAAAAUCAGACAAUCUUUAAAAUCAGAUCCUUUGACGUGGUUGCAAUUUACGUUAUCAUGAGUGGGCAGAGGAAAAAUUAAUUAUAACACUAGACAUUUUUAUGAACGAUAAUGGAAGAUCCGAAUCUCUGCUAUUAGGAGCAAUUUUUAAGAAGGUAUAGAAUGACACCCUGUAACACAUCAUACAGAACUGAACAGUACUCAAAGUUUUUGAUGUAACAGUCGCACUUUUCUAUAGUACAUGUAUUAUAGUUCCCUAGAUAGUCUUUAUAUGUAAACAUUUUGUUUCUUGAAGACUUGUGAUGGAUACUUGUCAUUUGUACUAAUAAAUCAGUGAAUUAUCAUUUGUAUGCCCUUUAUAUAAAUAUGUGACUAGCUUAAAAUAUUCAUAUUUUUAGAAUAGAACUUUUCUUUUAAGCUUUGGAAAUUCAGAUUUCGUCAAUACCGUGUGAAAUGAUUUUCAAUAACUGAUAAAUAUAUUUUUUAGACGGAAUCUUAAAAAAAUUGCAUUCAAAAUUUCUGUUGGGAUUUGCCUUGUAUUGAGAAAAAGCCAGUCGAAUUUGCAAGUAAACUGGAUGUCAUUGAUAAAUGUAUUUGCUCAAUUUCAAUUGUCAUUCUUCUCUCCAGUAGGGAAUCAAUGGCCAUUAGUUUGAUAUCAUGUGGACUAUCAUAAAAAUUAAUACAGAUAAACAUAUAAAACUCGAACACCAUUUUGUUAAAAAUAGUGUGGUGUGUUGGCUGAAUAAUUGCUUGCA